AUGAUUAAAGAAUUCUUAAAAGAUAAUACAGAUAAUUGUUUAGAUCUUAUUGAAAAAGGAGAUAAUUUGGAGGAAAUCGAUAGGAAGAGUGGGAAAAGUUUAUUACAGAUAGCAAUAACUAAUAAGAAUUUAACAUUAGUCAAAGCUUUAAUAUCAAAAAAGAAAGCUGAUGUUAAUUUUGUGAAUUAAAUUGAUAAAAGCACUCCUUUAUUUACAUCAAUUUAAUUGAAUUUCUUAGAAGCUGCAUAAGCAUUAUUAUAAACUCAUUAAGUUGAUCUUGAAGUUCAAAUAGAAGGAAGAUCUUAUUUAGAACAUGCUGUUGUAAUUGGAACUGUUUAAAUUAUCUAAUUAUUAAUUAGUAAAAUUAAUUUAUCAUUAUUUUUAGAAUAUAAAGUACCUAUUCAAGGAAAUUUAUUACAUUUAGCAAUAAAUUCAGAAUAAGAUGAAAAUGCAUAAUUUUUAAUAUAAAAUGAAAUUGGUUUGAUAAAUUAGGAUGAAGAUUCAGAAAAUGUAUUACAUAUAUUAGCAUUUACAGGUAAUGCAGAAUUAUUAAAUUCAAUAAUUAAAAAACAUCUCAAUAAUCCAAUAUAAGUUGACAUUUGGAAUUAAUAAAACAAAGAAGGGAAUGCUCCAUUACAUAUAGCUGCAAUUAAUGAUAAAUAAUUAUUCUUGAAAGUGUUACUAUCUAAUAAAGAUAAUAUUAAUUUAGAUGUUAAUAAGUUAAAUAGAGCUGGAUUAACUUAUUAAUAAAUACUUGAAGAUAGAAAAAAGAAGAUUGAAUUAGAAUAAUAGGAGUAAUAGGUUAGAAAAAGACUAAUUGCAGAAGAUAGAGUAAUCAAUAAUAAAUAAUAUUUUAGAAAGAAAGAUAAUUAUAAAGGGCUAAAGAAAUAGAGAAUUAGAUUUAAUAGGAAAAAGAAGCUAAAACAAGAUAAAAAGAAGCAGAAGCUAAUAAAGAGAUUUUAUAGAAGAAAGAGGAUACAAAAAAUAGAUUUGUAAUGUUAGGCAUCUUUUUAGCAGUUAUUCUAGGAUUCUAUAUAAUAUUGUAAUUUAGUAUAAAGAAGAAAUGAG